GUGACGUAAUGAGCCUCAAUGACAUCAUUGACGAUCGUGACGUCACGAGACCGCCAUUUUGGAUGGGAGACGACGGAUAGAAGGGUGAAUCGGUCGAGUAAAACGAUAAGGAAAAACUGGUAAAGGAAGAAAAUAUUGAAAGCUUGAAAACCUGAACUAUAUCAUCAUUAAACAUGACACUGUCAUUAAAAGUGAGUAUUGUAGAGAAAAAUGUCAGCGAAACUAUGCAAUUUGAACCAUCGGCUGUUGUAUACGAUGCAUGCAGAGUUAUCAGAGAUAAGAUAAAAGAAGCUAAUGUAGGACAACCGAAAGAAUAUGGGUUAUUCUUAGCAGAUGAAGACCCACGGAAAGGUGUUUGGCUUGAACCUGGCAGGUCUUUAGAAUAUUAUCUUUUAAGGAAUGGGGACUUACUGGAAUAUAAAAAGAAAAUGCGAACCCUUCGAAUCCGAAUGUUAGACGGCUCAGUAAAAACAGUUUUAGUAGAUGAUAGUCAACCAAUUGCCAAUCUUAUGGUAGUUAUCUGCACAAAAAUUGGAAUUACAAAUCAUGAUGAAUACUCAUUAGUUAGAGAUUUACCAGAGGAAUCAGAAAAAGGAUCUACAGGAACACUUACUUUAAAAAGGGAUAAAAAAGAUAAAGAUAAAGAUUUGAAAAUGGAACAACUAAAAAAAAAGUUAAAAACUGAUGAUGACUUAAAUUGGGUAGAUCACUCUAAAACGUUAAGAGAACAAGGAAUUGAUGAAGAUGAAACGCUACUUUUAAGAAGAAAAUAUUUUUUCUCAGAUCAAAAUGUUGAUUCAAGAGAUCCAGUGCAAUUAAAUUUGCUUUAUGUACAGGUAUGUUCAUAUGGAAAUAGAACUCUUCUAUGUGAAGAUGAUGAUUAUGUUUUCAAUAGAAAUGAUAGUUUAAGUGCAGCUAAAUCUAAUAAUUAUAACAAUGUAGUAAACUGUGAUAAUGAUUCAAAUGCAACCAGCACCAGAAGUGAAUCUGAUGACACCAAUAAAAGUGAUGAAAAUGGUUUAAAUAAACUCAAUGAAAAUGUAUCAAAUAUAAAAAAUUAUGAUAGUGAUUCAAAUGUAGUACAAAUGCUAAUUGAAUGUAAUCCAGACAAUGUUCCUAUUCUCAGAACUGAAACAAAUUCCACUACAGAUUAUAAUGAGGAUCAUAUAAUGAUGAAGAUAAUGCAAUGUACCAUGCCGCAAAGUGAGGCUACAUUCAAUUGUUAUAUAGGAGGAAAUCCAGCUAUAGUACAAAUAGAUACUGGAGCUAAGGUGUCACUUUUAUCAAAGGCCUUUGCCAAUGCUAUGAAAGAGAAAGUACACAUUGAUAGUAACAAAGAAACAGAUCUAAGAAGUGCUAAAGGAUGUCUUGAUUUAAACAGAAAUGAUAAAAAGGAGGAAGAUGUUCAAACGUAUGCCUCCUGGCUUAAAGCCCUGGCUAUGGAAAUAGAGAUUUCAUCAGAGCCAGGUGCAGAUGCUGCAGAAACUGCUAUUAUUAAAAGAAUACAAGGGAAAGAGCUGGACAAGAGGCUAAAAGUGCAAUUUUUAAAUGGAGUUGAUAUGCGGAUCAGGCAAUGCGUCAUGUCAUGUACCAUGCCGCAAAGUGAGGCUACAUUCAAUUGUUAUAUAGGAGGAAAUCCAGCUAUAGUACAAAUAGAUACUGGAGCUAAGGUGUCACUUUUAUCAAAGGCCUUUGCCAAUGCUAUGAAAGAGAAAGUACACAUUGAUAGUAACAAAGAAACAGAUCUAAGAAGUGCUAAAGGUCAUCUUAUCCAGACAAUUCAGUUAGACAGAGAUGUCAAGGUUGGCACAGUUUUUGAAGCUGUAGAAGAAACUGAUCCUGUGUAUACUAUUACAGAGGGAGCAACUGCAGAAUUGUCGAAGUCAGAAUUCAUCUACUUUUUGAUUGGUCCAGCAUUCCUAAAAGAAUUCGACUUUGAGGUCACCAACAAGGCAGGAAACUCUCACAAAAAUGCAGAUGCCCUUAGUUGUAUUCCUAUCAGACCAAUGAAAGAAGUUGAACCUAUUUUCUCUGUAGUUCAAUUGGCCAACUCGCAGCAAUGGGAUAAUUGUUGGAGACCCCUUAUACAAGCAUUAAAGGAUGGAAUAACCACAGGAAGUUAUAACAAUCUUAAUUUGGAAGAAUUUUAUCUCAAUGAAGAGGGAGCACUUUGUCACAAAGGGACAAAUAAAAGACAUACAGAUUGGUGGGAGCAAAUCGAGAAAAUGAAAGGUAAAAAUAAAUUAGCUCCAAGAUUAUUAGGUGUGACAAAGGAUAGUGUGCUGAGGUUAGAUGAGAAAACUAAAGAGAUAUUAAAAACUUGGCCUUUAACUACAGUAAGAAGAUGGGCAGCUUCACCUAAUAGCUUUACCUUGGAUUUUGGUGAUUACUCAGAUUCCUAUUAUUCUGUACAAACAACAGAAGGAGAACAAAUUUCUCAACUUAUUGCAGGGUAUAUUGAUAUUAUUUUGAAAAGAAAAAAAGCAAAAGAUCAUUUUGGAAUAGAAGGAGAUGAAGGCUCAACUAUGGUUGAAGAUAGUGUGUCUCCUGCAAAAGCAACAAUUUUGCAACAUAAUCCUGCUGUGAAGUUGUCUCAUGCAAGUACUGGUUCAGUUGCCAUUCCUGCUGUUAUGAGAGUUGGUGCAAAUGGUGUACAGAAUUAUGGUACAGGACAAAUGGAAGGUGUUCAGUAUGGUUCAGUGAAAGGUCAAGCUCACAAUGCUUACAGUAGCAUUAUUCCACAACAAGCAAAAAUCCACUCUUCCACUUCAGAACCUCAAAGAGCAUUAAUAAAUACAAUUGAUGCAGGAAAACAAGCAGUUGAUGCUGCACAGAAGGAGCUGCAAACAAAAGCACAGCUUCCAGAGUUAGGAACUGAUCCUGCCUCCAUACAAUGGAAACAAAAUACAAUGGAUGUGAAAAAACAGAAUGUUUCAUCUCAAAUAGCUGCUAUGAAUGCUGCAACUGCCCAAGUUAUUACAUUGACUUCAGCUCCACCAGAAGAUGUUAAUCAUCCAGCAGUUGGAGCAGCUAUUACAACAAUAGCAACAAAUCUACCUGAAAUGUCAAAAGAUGUUAAAAUGAUUGCUGCUUUAAUGGAUGAUGAUACUUCUGGAGAGAAUAUAUUAGAUGCUGCUCGAAAUCUGUGUGUAGCAUUUUCUGAUUUCCUGAAAGCAGCAGAACCUGAAAGUAAAGAACCUCGUCAAACACUAUUGAAUGCUGCUAGUCGAGUUGGAGAAGCUAGUCAUGCUGUAUUAUACACAAUUGGUGAAGAAGAUGAAAUGGAUAAAGAAGUUCAAGAUAUCUUACUUAGUUUAGCUAAAGGUGUUGCUAAUGCCACUGCCACAUUAGUUCUUAAAUCAAAGAAUGUAGCUAGUAAAUGUGAAGAUCAAGCUGUGCAAAAUAAAGUUAUUAGUUCAGCUACACAGUGUGCACUUGCAACUUCACAAUUAGUGGCUUGUGCUAAGGUAAUAUUGAAUUUUUUCUUUAAUAUUUUGCCACAACAAGCAAAAAUCCACUCUUCCACUUCAGAACCUCAAAGAGCAUUAAUAAAUACAAUUGAUGCAGGAAAACAAGCAGUUGAUGCUGCACAGAAGGAGCUGCAAACAAAAGCACAGCUUCCAGAGUUAGGAACUGAUCCUGCCUCCAUACAAUGGAAACAAAAUACAAUGGAUGUGAAAAAACAGAAUGUUUCAUCUCAAAUAGCUGCUAUGAAUGCUGCAACUGCCCAAGUUAUUACAUUGACUUCAGCUCCACCAGAAGAUGUUAAUCAUCCAGCAGUUGGAGCAGCUAUUACAACAAUAGCAACAAAUCUACCUGAAAUGUCAAAAGAUGUUAAAAUGAUUGCUGCUUUAAUGGAUGAUGAUACUUCUGGAGAGAAUAUAUUAGAUGCUGCUCGAAAUCUGUGUGUAGCAUUUUCUGAUUUCCUGAAAGCAGCAGAACCUGAAAGUAAAGAACCUCGUCAAACACUAUUGAAUGCUGCUAGUCGAGUUGGAGAAGCUAGUCAUGCUGUAUUAUACACAAUUGGUGAAGAAGAUGAAAUGGAUAAAGAAGUUCAAGAUAUCUUACUUAGUUUAGCUAAAGGUGUUGCUAAUGCCACUGCCACAUUAGUUCUUAAAUCAAAGAAUGUAGCUAGUAAAUGUGAAGAUCAAGCUGUGCAAAAUAAAGUUAUUAGUUCAGCUACACAGUGUGCACUUGCAACUUCACAAUUAGUGGCUUGUGCUAAGGUUGUUGCUCCAACAAUUUUGAACCCAAAUUGUCAGCAGCAAUUAAUUGAAGCAACAAAAGAAGUGGCUCGAGCUGUAGAAGGAAUUGUAACAGUUUGUCAGGAUGCCAUUAAAGAUGAAGCGUUAUUACAAGAAUUAGGAACAGCUGCUACUCAAGUAACUCAAGCCUUAAAUGAUCUCCUAAAUCAUGUUAGGAAUGCUACUCAACAACGUGCCCAAACAGUUAUCCAUGAAGGUGCUGUAGAUACUAUUUUGGAUGCAACUGAUAAAUUAUUUAGUAGUACAAGUGACCCAACAGAAAUGGUUCGUCAAGCAAAAAUAUUAGCAAAGUGUAUGUGGUAUGACACCAGUAGAAGAGAGAACAGUGUACAGAAUUAUGGUACAGGACAAAUGGAAGGUGUUCAGUAUGGUUCAGUGAAAGGUCAAGCUCACAAUGCUUACAGUAGCAUUAUUCCACAACAAGCAAAAAUCCACUCUUCCACUUCAGAACCUCAAAGAGCAUUAAUAAAUACAAUUGAUGCAGGAAAACAAGCAGUUGAUGCUGCACAGAAGGAGCUGCAAACAAAAGCACAGCUUCCAGAGUUAGGAACUGAUCCUGCCUCCAUACAAUGGAAACAAAAUACAAUGGAUGUGAAAAAACAGAAUGUUUCAUCUCAAAUAGCUGCUAUGAAUGCUGCAACUGCCCAAGUUAUUACAUUGACUUCAGCUCCACCAGAAGAUGUUAAUCAUCCAGCAGUUGGAGCAGCUAUUACAACAAUAGCAACAAAUCUACCUGAAAUGUCAAAAGAUGUUAAAAUGAUUGCUGCUUUAAUGGAUGAUGAUACUUCUGGAGAGAAUAUAUUAGAUGCUGCUCGAAAUCUGUGUGUAGCAUUUUCUGAUUUCCUGAAAGCAGCAGAACCUGAAAGUAAAGAACCUCGUCAAACACUAUUGAAUGCUGCUAGUCGAGUUGGAGAAGCUAGUCAUGCUGUAUUAUACACAAUUGGUGAAGAAGAUGAAAUGGAUAAAGAAGUUCAAGAUAUCUUACUUAGUUUAGCUAAAGGUGUUGCUAAUGCCACUGCCACAUUAGUUCUUAAAUCAAAGAAUGUAGCUAGUAAAUGUGAAGAUCAAGCUGUGCAAAAUAAAGUUAUUAGUUCAGCUACACAGUGUGCACUUGCAACUUCACAAUUAGUGGCUUGUGCUAAGGUUGUUGCUCCAACAAUUUUGAACCCAAAUUGUCAGCAGCAAUUAAUUGAAGCAACAAAAGAAGUGGCUCGAGCUGUAGAAGGAAUUGUAACAGUUUGUCAGGAUGCCAUUAAAGAUGAAGCGUUAUUACAAGAAUUAGGAACAGCUGCUACUCAAGUAACUCAAGCCUUAAAUGAUCUCCUAAAUCAUGUUAGGAAUGCUACUCAACAACGUGCCCAAACAGUUAUCCAUGAAGGUGCUGUAGAUACUAUUUUGGAUGCAACUGAUAAAUUAUUUAGUAGUACAAGUGACCCAACAGAAAUGGUUCGUCAAGCAAAAAUAUUAGCAAAGGCAACAGCUCAACUCAUUCAAGCUAUUAAAGGAGAAGCUGAAAUUCAACCUGAUUCAGAUGUACAAAAACGUUUAUUGGCCGCAGCUAAGAUGUUAGCUGAUGCCACUGCACAUAUGGUAGAAGCUGCCAAGGGUUGUGCAAAUAAUCCAAAUGAUAGUGAAUCUUUAGCUGCAUUGUGCAGAGCUGCUGAAGAACUUCGUACUGCAACAAAUGCUGCUGCUGCUGCUGGUGCAUUGAAACGUAAAUCUAUAAGACAAUUAGAGAAUGCUGCAAAACAUGCUGCUGCAAUGGCUACCCAAAAUAUUGCUGCUGCUCAAGGUGCUGGUCAACACAACACUAAUUCAACUAAUCAAGAAGAGUUAAUGGAAAGUUGCAAAGAGGUGGCUGAUUGUAUUCCUGCAGUUGUUCAAGGUGUGAAACUUACAAUGAGUGACAUAGAUAAUCCUGCAUCUCAGAUUGCAUUAAUUAAUGCAUGUGAGCAAAUGAUUGAGCCAUGCAACCACAUGAUAUCUUCAUCAAAAUCUGCUAUUCCAAUGAUAUCUGAUCAGUCUUCCUCAAUGCAACUUAGCAAUGCUUCAAAACAAAUGGCAUAUGCUUUGGCUGAAUUAAAAUUAGCUAUUGGAAAGGCUAAAGAUUCCUGCAGCAAUCAUGAAAUAAAUAACUCAUUAGAUAUAAUAAGAGGAUUAAAUGCAGAAUUAGAAGCAUUUAGAAAAGCUGCUCUAUCACAUGAAUUAAAACCACUACCUGGAGAAAUGAGUGAAUCAUGUGCUCUUCAAGUUGGUGCAACAUGUAAGAUUGUUGGAUCCUCUAUGGCACAACUGUUAACAGCUGCUUCUCAGAAUAAUGAAAAUUACACAGGAAUUGCUGCAAAAGAUACUGCUAAAGCUUUAAAAGUAUUAACAAGUGCAGUGAGAGGCGUUGCAGCAACUAGUGAUGACUUAGAUGUGCAGCUUAAAGUCAUUGAUAAUGCUCAUGAUGUAAUGGAUAAAUCAAUACAGUUAAUUGAAGAAGCGCACAGAGCUAUUCAAAAUCCUAGCAAUCCUGAUAAUCAGCAACGUCUUACUCAGGUUGCUAAAUCAGUUUCAGCAGCAUUAAAUAACUGUGUUAAUUGUUUACCAGGACAAAAAGAUGUUGAUGAUUCUAUACGUUACAUUACUGAAGCUAGUAUGAUAUUGAAUGGCACAGAUUUUCCUGUAUCUGAUAAACCAUAUAGUGAAUUACAAUGUAACUUGAAUACUGCAGCUGCUAAUUUAAAUGAAGCAACUGGAAAUGUUGUAACUUCAGCAAGAGGUACACCUAGUCAGUUAUCAAGUUCAGCUAAAAAUUUUGGAAAUCGAUUUGGGGAAUUAAUGGAUUGUGGUGUUGAAAUUAUUGGGCAAACAAAAGAUAAUGAAGUACGAGGACAAAUGGUUGUUAGUUUAAAAAAUGUUUCUAUGGUUUCAAGUAAACUUUUAGUUGUAGCAAAAUCUGUAGCAGCUGAUCCUAGUGCUCCAAAUGCUAAGAAUCAGUUAUCCACUGCAGCAAGGUCUGUGACAGAAAGUAUAAAUCAUCUUAUAGAUGUGUGCACAUCAGCUGCUCCUGGUCAAAAAGAAUGUGAUAAUGCAAUUAGAAAUAUACAGAUGUUGAGACCACUUCUAGAUAAUCCAAGUGAACCUGUAAAUGAUGCAACUUAUUUUGAAUGCCUUGAAACUGUUGCUAAAUCAGUUUCAGCAGCAUUAAAUAACUGUGUUAAUUGUUUACCAGGACAAAAAGAUGUUGAUGAUUCUAUACGUUACAUUACUGAAGCUAGUAUGAUAUUGAAUGGCACAGAUUUUCCUGUAUCUGAUAAACCAUAUAGUGAAUUACAAUGUAACUUGAAUACUGCAGCUGCUAAUUUAAAUGAAGCAACUGGAAAUGUUGUAACUUCAGCAAGAGGUACACCUAGUCAGUUAUCAAGUUCAGCUAAAAAUUUUGGAAAUCGAUUUGGGGAAUUAAUGGAUUGUGGUGUUGAAAUUAUUGGGCAAACAAAAGAUAAUGAAGUACGAGGACAAAUGGUUGUUAGUUUAAAAAAUGUUUCUAUGGUUUCAAGUAAACUUUUAGUUGUAGCAAAAUCUGUAGCAGCUGAUCCUAGUGCUCCAAAUGCUAAGAAUCAGUUAUCCACUGCAGCAAGGUCUGUGACAGAAAGUAUAAAUCAUCUUAUAGAUGUGUGCACAUCAGCUGCUCCUGGUCAAAAAGAAUGUGAUAAUGCAAUUAGAAAUAUACAGAUGUUGAGACCACUUCUAGAUAAUCCAAGUGAACCUGUAAAUGAUGCAACUUAUUUUGAAUGCCUUGAAACUGUUAUGGAAAAAUCUAAGAAUCUUGGAGAUGGAAUGACAGGUAUUGCUAACCAUGCUAAAAAAAGUGAACAUGAACGGUUUGGCAAAGCAGUUAUUGAUGUUGCAGAUGCUAUUUGUGGACUUAUUGAAUCUGCAGCACAGGCUGCUUACUUAGUUGGAAUAGCAGAUCCUUCAAGUAUAGCAGGAAAAUCAGGACUUGUAGAUUUAGCACAGUUUGCCAGAGCUAGUCAAGCUAUUCAGAUGGCUUGUCAACAAUUAACAAAUCCAACUAGUAAUCAGCAACAGAUUCUUUCUGCAGCAACAGUAAUAGCUAAACACACAUCAGCUUUAUGUAAUUCUUGCCGAAUUGCAUCUUCAAGAACUACAAAUCCUGUUGCUAAAAGGCAUUUUGUACAAUCAGCAAAGGAUGUAGCAAAUGCAACUGCUAGUCUCGUUAAAGAAAUUAAAGUUUUAGAUCAAGAACCAAAUGAUACAAACAGACAGAACUGUACAGCUGCAACUAAACCAUUAAUUGAUGCUGUUGAAAACUUGACUACUUUUGCAAGUUCUCCAGAAUUUGCUAGUGUUCCAGCUAAAAUAAGUUCUAAGGCUCAACAUGCCCAAGAACCUAUUUGUUCAGCAGGAAAAUCAAUAAUUGAUAGUUCUUGUUCCAUGAUUCAGUCUGCUAAAUCACUUGCAUUAAAUCCUAAGGAUCCACCUGCUUGGCAGACUUUAGCAAGUCACAGUAAAAAUGUUUCAGAUUCUAUUAAAAAACUGGUAUCUUCAAUAAAAGAUAGAUCACCAGGCCAGAAAGAAUGUGAGGAAGCUAUUGAAAGGUUAAGUAUGGCUAUAAGAGAACUUGAUCAAGCAUCGUUAAAUAUAAUUAGUGACAAUUUCCCUCCUUCUACUGAAAAAACAUUAAAAGGUUUCCAAGAACAAAUGGAAAAUGCAGCAUCAGAAAUAAUGUACAAAAUAAACUCAGUUUGUACUGCUGCCAAAGGAGAAGCUGAAAAAUUAGGCCAUGCUGUAACCCAAAUGAUUACAUAUUUUGAUCCAUUAAUAAAAAGUGCAAUUGGUAGUGCAUCAAAAACAAUUAAUUCAAAACAACAAAUGGCACUUCUUGAUCAAUCUAAAACUGUUGCUGAAUGUGCCUUACAAUUGAUUUAUGCAGCUAAAGAAGCAGGUGGUAAUCCAAAGGCUACUCAUGUACAUGGUGAAAUUCAUGAAUCUGCAGAUGGAAUGAGAGAUGCAGUACAUGAUUUAUUACAUACAUUGCAAGCUGCAGCUACAGAUAUGGCUACUGUUACAUCACAUAUAGAAACAUUAAGAAAAUCUAUGUCUAAGGUGAAUGAAUGGUAUAUCAAUGGUACAGAAAAUACAUUUGUUGAUUAUCAAACAAGGAUGGUAAUUGAAGCUAAAGAAAUUGCAAGAACUGCCCAAGAUAUGUCUGGAAAAUCUAUGACAAAUACACAAGAACUAGGAUCAUCAGCAGGAAAUUUAGCCCAUCAUUAUUCGAAUUUGGCAGCUGAUACACCUGGUGUUAUUGCUACAAUUACAAAUGCUGAGGCUACUCAUGUACAUGGUGAAAUUCAUGAAUCUGCAGAUGGAAUGAGAGAUGCAGUACAUGAUUUAUUACAUACAUUGCAAGCUGCAGCUACAGAUAUGGCUACUGUUACAUCACAUAUAGAAACAUUAAGAAAAUCUAUGUCUAAGGUGAAUGAAUGGUAUAUCAAUGGUACAGAAAAUACAUUUGUUGAUUAUCAAACAAGGAUGGUAAUUGAAGCUAAAGAAAUUGCAAGAACUGCCCAAGAUAUGUCUGGAAAAUCUAUGACAAAUACACAAGAACUAGGAUCAUCAGCAGGAAAUUUAGCCCAUCAUUAUUCGAAUUUGGCAGCUGAUACACCUGGUGUUAUUGCUACAAUUACAAAUGCUGAGGUUUCUUGUGUAUUAUCUGCCCUUCAAGCAGCUUCUCAAGGAACUCAAGCAUGCAUUAAUGCAGCCAGUACUGUGAGUGGCAUUAUUGGAGACUUAGAUACUACGAUUAUGUUUGCAACUGCUGGUACAUUGCAUACGCAGGCUGAAACUGAAUCAUUUACAGAUCAUAGAGAAAAUAUUUUAAAAGCUGCUAAAGCAUUAGUCGAAGAUACAAAAACAUUAGUUGCAGGAGCAGCUUCUAGUCAGGAACAGCUAGCAGUUGCUGCUCAGAAUGCUGUAACGACAAUUGUUCAACUUGCUGAAGUAGUAAAGUUUGGUGCAGUGUCAUUAGGCACCAAUAAUACUGAAGCUCAGGUAGUAUUAAUUAAUGCAGUUAGAGAAGUUGCUGGAGCAUUAGGUGAUCUUAUACAAGCAACUAAAGCAGCAUCUGGUAAAAAUAUUCAGGAUCCUGCUAUGGUACAUCUAAAAGAUUCAGCUAAGAUGAUGGUGACAAAUGUUACGUCUUUAUUAAAAACAGUUAAAACACUUGAAGACGAACAUACUAGAGGUCGGAGAGUAUUAGAGAAUACUAUUGAAGUUAUCGGUCAUGAAUUAAAGGUUUUUAAUUCACCGUUUGAUUCAAGUAAAACUAUUUCGAUUGAAGAUUUUACAAAAUUCACUAAACCAGUUAUGCUAGCUACAGCAAAGGCAGUUGCUGCCAGUAAUUGCUGCAAACAAGAUGACAUAAUAGUUGCAGCUAAUAUGGGAAGAAAAGCUAUAUGUGAUUUACUUUUAGCUUGCAAGGCUACUGCAUUCUCAGCAAGAAACCAUGAAGCAAAAGAAAAAAUAUUGCAUUUGGGUAGAAACUGUGCUUUAAAAUAUCAAGAAUUAUUAUUAUUAAUUUAUCAGAUAAUCCAGAAGCCUUCUAUGGAUGGAAAAUUUGAACUCACUAAAUUGUCUCGUGAAAUUGCCAGACUGACUAGUGAAAUACUAAAUGAAAUUGAUCUGAAAGAUAUUAAUUCGGUAGAUGAUCCUAUUGUUAUUGCCGAAACAGAAUUAUUAGGUGCUGCUAAUUCUAUUGAAGCUGCAGCUAAAAAACUGAUUCAUUUGAAACCAAGACAAAAUCACAAAGUUCAGAACAACCAGAAUCACAGUGUUGACUCUAUUUCUAACAACGACAUAGAAGAUCAUAGUGAUUUAGAUGAAAUGAUAUUGGAAACAGCUAAAUCAGUGGCUAAUGCAUCAUCUACUUUGAUGAAAGCAGCAUCAGCUGCUCAGAGAGAAUUACUAUUUUCUGGAAAAAUUGGAAAACAUUCUCAAAGCAUGACUGAAGAUGGACAGUGGUCUGAAGGUUUAAUUUCUGCAGCUGAACUAGUUGUUGCAUCGACACACAGUUUAAUAGAAGCAGCCAAUUCUCUAUUACAAGGUCAUUCUUCCGAAGAGAAGCUCAUUAGUUCAGCCAAGCAAGUAGCAAGUUCCACUAAUCAGUUGCUAGUAGCAUGCAAAGUAAAGGCUGAUCCUGAAUCCAAAGCCAUGAAGAAACUUCAGGCUGCUGGUAAUGCUAUAAAACAAGCUACAGAUAAUUUAGUAAAAGCAUGCCAACAUUCUUUGGGAAAUGAUGAAGAACGUAAUCUUGUCAUCAACAAACACAUGGUGGGUGGCAUUGCACAAGAAAUUAUAGCUAGAGAAGAAAUAUUGAGGAAGGAAAAGGAAUUGGAAGAAGCUAGAGGGCGUCUAGCAGCACUGAGACGUGCUAAGUAUGGUAAUAAAUCUCCUGACGAAUAUCAUGGAUUUGGAUCUCCUUAAUCUUACUUAAAUUCUUCCUAAUCCUCUGAAUAAUUGGUGCUAAUUGCUUGAUAACAAAUGAGGCUUUAUCCCUGUCCCUAAAUAUGAUUGUUGCUUAAAAGUUGCAAAUCUGAGAUAUUUUAUAUACAAAACUAUAACAACAAAUUUUCACACAUGAAGUUGAAUGAGACACUUUUGUUACAUUUCUAUAAAAUGUUUUGUUGAAUUUAAGUAUUGCUUAUCAGCAAAUAAGAUAUGUCUUGCUGAAUAACUUAUUAAUAAUGGUGCCAUAAAAUGUUAAGAAGAGUGGAGAGUCACAUAAAAGCUUCCUUUUUUAUUAUUAUUUGAUAGUUUAAACUAUUAAGUAAUGAUAACGAGAAAUUUGACACUAAAUUUUAUUUACUGGUAUUUCAUUUAUUUUCUUGGUUUUUCUAAUUGUACAGCUUAUUAAAGGCAACCAAUGUAUAUUUGAUUAAAAUGAUUCAAUGAAUCUUCUGUUUUUAGAAGUAAAAAAUCUCAUUAAUGCACAGGAUUUAUAUAUAAGGGCUUUAACCAACAUUACUAGUUUUGUUGUAUGUUCAUUUAUCCUCAUUUAUUAUACAAAAAUGAAUGGAUAAAGGUUCUUAAUGUAAUGUAUUUUCAUUUUUAAAAAUCUUUUUAUUUGCCAAAAUAUUAAGAUAUCUACUCUUACAGAGAGAACUUUUCUGUUGUUUAAAACCUGCCUUUUAAAAAUAUAAAGCAUAUAAUUGUAAAUACUAAUUACCAUUUUGUUGUUAAUGUGUCAAAUUUUUAUUUUAUUCCUUUGCAUUUGUGUAAAGCGAAUGCAAAUGGAGUAAUAAUUUUUUUAAUGCUUUUUCUCCAUGAAAAAUGCUAAUUGUUUUUUUAUUUACAAAGAAAUUUUGGCAGCUUUGUAUAUUUUAAUAUUUUUUAUAAUUUUUUUCUAAUAUAAAAUCAAAUGUUACAAUGUAUUCUUGUGAAACGUGAUGCAAAAAGGCAAAGUUGUGAAAAUUCGGUAUAGAGUAUAAUAACUCUUGGAGUGCCAUGCGAGUAAA